GGGUCUUGAAUUCUUUUGGUUUUCCCGGUAUGUUCCUGUGGUGGUUCUUGGAGCAAAAAUUCACAAUGUGAGUCUCCACGUGCUGUUCUGUUCAUCCAAGUGGGAGCUGCAUGUUAGUCCUGUCUCCUAUCUGCCAUUUUAUCUCAGUUUGCCAGAUAAUUAUGUAUCCUAAUCCACAUUUUGCUUGUUUUUGAUAAAUGUUUUCUUAACAUCUAUUUAUUUAUUUUUGCCCAAAUGUCUAAGAAAACAAUGCCUGUAAACAAGAUAGUUGAAAAAACUUUCUCCAUUUAAUUCUAUUCGAAGUAAUUGUAUCUGGGGUAAAGUCUGACAUUGGUCUGAAGCAGAAUUGGGGAGUGGAAAAGCUAUACCUGGUUAAGUAUCUCUAUAUCUAUAAUCAGGUAUAAUGAUGGAGUCCAGAAACUUACUGAGAAAAUGAGACUGAUGAUAUUGUCAUUUGCAUGCUCUGAUGACACAUGGCUUGUUGAUGUACAGUAAGCAUAGUAAAUAUGGAUUCUUACUACAGAUUUAAUGACCUUAACUACAGAUGGGUCUCUUUGGAUAACUGGACCUAUAGCAAGGAAUUUAAAAUCCCCUUUGAAAUUAGAUGGAAUCUCACGAGUGCAGUGGUGGGAUGUCCGCUCACUGCAACCUCCGCCUCCUGGGUUCAAGCGAUUCUCCUGCCUCAGCCUCCCUAGUAGCUCGGAUUACAGCAAAUGGCAAAAAGUAAAUUUGAUUCUUGAAGGAGUGGAUACAGUUUCAAAAAUCCUGUUCAAUGAAGUCACUAUUGGGGAAACAGACAAUAUGUUCAAUAGAUAUAGCUUUGAUAUUACCAACGUGGUCAGGGACGUGAACUCCAUUGAGCUGCGUUUCCAGUCAGCGGUGUUGUAUGCAGCACAGCAGAGCAAAGCUCACACUCGCUACCAGGUUCCCCCAGACUGCCCUCCACUUGUGCAGAAGGGUGAAUGCCAUGUCAACUUUGUUCGGAAGGAGCAAUGUUCCUUUAGUUGGGACUGGGGACCUUCCUUUCCUACCCAGGGAAUCUGGAAAGAUGUUAGAAUUGAAGCCUAUAAUAUUUGUCACCUGACCUACUUCACAUUUUCCCCAAUAUAUGAUAAGAGUGCCCAGGAGUGGAAUCUGGAAAUAGAGUCUACAUUUGAUGUUGUCAGCUCAAAGCCAGUUGGUGGUCAAGUGAUCGUAGCCAUCCCUAAGUUGCAAACACAACAGACAUACAACAUUGAACUUCAACCUGGGAGAAGGAUUGUUGAGCUAUUUGUGAACAUUAGCAAGAAUAUUACUGUAGAAACUUGGUGGCCUCAUGGACAUGGAAACCAGACUGGGUACAACAUGACUAUUCUUUUUGAACUGGAUGGAGGCUUAAAUAUUGAAAAAUCAGCUAAGGUUUAUUUUAGGACAGUGGAACUUAUAGAAGAGCCCAUAAAAGGGUCUCCUGGUUUGAGUUUCUAUUUCAAAAUUAAUGGAUUUCCCAUAUUUCUAAAAGGCUCAAACUGGAUCCCAGCAGAUUCAUUCCAGGACCGAGUAACCUCUGAGUUGUUACGGCUCCUUUUACAGUCUGUUGUGGAUGCUAACAUGAAUACUCUUCGGGUUUGGGGAGGAGGAAUUUAUGAGCAGGAUGAAUUCUACGAACUCUGUGAUGAACUAGGAAUAAUGGUAUGGCAGGAUUUUAUGUUUGCCUGUGCCCUUUAUCCAACUGAUCAGGGCUUCCUGGAUUCAGUGAAAGCAGAAGUUGCCUACCAGAUCAAGAGACUGAAAUCUCAUCCUUCUAUCAUCAUAUGGAGUGGCAAUAAUGAAAAUGAGGAGGCGCUGAUGAUGAAUUGGUAUCAUAUCAGUUUCACUGACCGGCCAAUCUACAUCAAGGACUAUGUGACACUCUAUGUGAAAAACAUCAGAGAGCUCGUAUUGGCAGGAGACAAGAGUCGUCCUUUUAUUACAUCCAGUCCUACAAAUGGGGCUGAAACUGUUGCAGAAGGCUGGGUCUCUCAAAACCCUAAUAGCAAUUAUUUUGGUGAUGUACAUUUUUAUGACUAUAUCAGUGAUUGCUGGAACUGGAAAGUUUUCCCAAAAGCUCGAUUUGCAUCUGAAUAUGGAUAUCAGUCCUGGCCAUCCUUCAGUACAUUAGAAAAGGUCUCGUCUACAGAGGACUGGUCUUUCAAUAGCAAGUUCUCACUUCAUCGACAACAUCACGAAGGUGGUAACAAACAAAUGCUUUAUCAGGCUGGACUUCAUUUCAAACUCCCCCAAAGCACAGAUCCAUUACGCACAUUUAAAAAUACCAUCUACCUUACUCAGGUGAUGCAGGCCCAGUGUGUCAAAACAGAAACUGAAUUCUACCGCCGCAGUCGCAGCGAGAUAGUGGAUCAGCAAGGGCACACGAUGGGGGCACUUUAUUGGCAGUUGAAUGACAUCUGGCAAGCUCCUUCCUGGGCUUCUCUUGAGUACGGAGGAAAGUGGAAAAUGCUUCAUUACUUUGCUCAGAAUUUCUUUGCUCCACUGUUGCCAGUAGGCUUUGAGAAUGAAAACACGUUCUAUAUCUAUGGUGUGUCAGAUCUUCAUUCGGAUUAUUCGAUGACACUCACUGUGAGAGUCCAUACGUGGAGCUCCCUGGAGCCCAUGUGCUCUCGUGUGACUGAACAUUUUGUGAUGAAAGCAGGAGAGGCUGUCCGCCUUUAUGAGGAGCCAGUGUCUGAAUUGCUGAGGAGAUGUGGGAAUUGCACACGGGAAAGCUGUGUCGUUUCCUUUCACCUUUCAGCUGACCAUGAACUCCUGAGCCCAACCAACUACCACUUCCUGUCCUCACUGAAGGAGGCCGUGGGGCUGUGCAAGGCGCAGAUCACUGCCAUCAUCUCUCAGCAAGGUGACAUAUUUGUUUUUGACCUGCAGACCUCAGCUGUUGCUCCCUUUGUUUGGUUGGAUGUAGGAAGCAUCCUAGGGAGAUUUAGUGACAAUGGUUUCCUCAUGACUGAGAAGACACGAACUAUAUUAUUUUACCCUUGGGAGCCCACCAGCAAGAAUGAGUUGGAGCAAUCUUUUCAUGUGACCUCCUUAACAGAUAUUUACUGAAGGAAUCUAGGUUGUAUUUUCAGUGCACAAUGGGAAUAAAGCAUUUCUAAAGCACCGAAUGGAGAGGAAGGCAACGGAGACAAGGAGAGAAGCCGAGAGACAUGCCUGCGUGCUGCCACGCAUCUGAGCGAUUGCUCUGUGAAGAGUUGUACACUGAACAUUUUCAGGGCAAGCUGUUUACCCAGGCAAUGUCCUCAAACAAGCCUGUGCCGGGGUGUCCUGAAAUCUGUGCCAGGACUGUGUUUUUAGCCCUUCACCUCUCAGCUUUAGCAGGACGUGAACCAGUUAUAACAAGAUGGCCCUGCAGCUGGUUACAAGAAUGUGACAUGACAGGAUCUAUGGAACCAAAUGGAAGGUUUUGAGGUGAUGUAGGUCUUUCACAGUUAGCUUUGGGGAAUACUGAAUACUCAAAUAAAGUGCUUUGUUAUUAUUUCAGAGGGAAUGGUGAUUGAAAUGUUACAACAGAGAUUUCUUGGUGGUAGCUAUUUGGGUAAAGGUAUAUGAGUAUUUUUCUGUACGUGUGAAAUUAUAUAAAAAUAAAAGUUACAUAAAUUACAUUGACAA